AUGAAGUUCUUGUGUCUACCUGGGGCCUAUGGCAGUAUCGAGAAAUUCAAAGUUCAGCUCGCCCCGCUCAUCAAGGAAUUCGAAUUUGAUGAAAACGUAAAUUUUCACUUUAUUCAGGGGACAUACGAGGUCACUCCACCGCCUGGUUACGAAGAGUUCUUCGGUGGAGCUCCGUACUAUCGCUUCAUUGUGCCUUCGGAGUCCGAUGUAGACGCGACUGAUGUCAUUGAAAGAAUUCGCGAUUUUCCUCAACUUGAAACCCCGGAGAUGACUAUGCGGGAACUGAUGACCUAUGGUGUUGCUAAGACAGAAGAGAGCGCUAAAAGAACCUUGGAGUAUCUUUACGAGAUAUUAGAGAAAGAAGGGCCAUUCGAAGGCAUUUUGGGUUACUCUGAGGGAGCCACUAUUGCCGGGACACUGCUAUUACAUGAAGAAAUGCGGAGAGUCGAGGAAGGAAGACAGCCAAUGUUGAAGUGUGCACUAUUUUUCGGAGGCUGGCCCCCAAUGACACCCACCCUUGAUGGGCUGGUGCUUGCCGAUCAGAGUGAACUAACAAUCGACGUGUUCACUUGUCACAUAAUUGGCUCGCUGGACCCAUAUUUGCACGGCAACAUCGCUCUUUACAACGUUUGCAAUCCGGAUAUGGCAUCCAUAUUCGAUCACGGAAAAGGCCACACUCUUCCGCGCCAUAAAGACAUGGUCAAAGAGCUUGGAGAUACUGUCCGUUGCAUGAUUCGUGAAAUGGAACACAAUAAGAUAUUACGCUAG